UCAGGUACCUAGGUAGACUCUUCCCAUAGCACCCCUUUAAUUUAUGCAAUUACACAGUAGAGUUGGCUUUUAUUUAUAUUUAUGUGCAGAUAUUUACAGUCAAAGGGGGCUUAGUCAGCCAUGAUAUGUACUUAAGCCACGUGUAUGGAAUUCAUCCGGGGCCAGCGCCGAGUCGAACUCGUAAUGGUAUCUAACCUGAUACUAUCAAGAAAAGACAAUUCAGAUAUAAAUAAUAUAAAAUUUGGAGUAACUUCGAUAUUUCAACCGGGUUGCUAAACUCGAAAUUAAACGUAAAGCCAAACCGCCGUGUCUCAAAUGACAGACCCAAAGCCGAACCCGACCCGAGCGCACCGCCCCUUUGUGCUGAUCGUUUGCCAUUCGUUAACGGGACACCUCUCUCCCUUAAUCCGCAUAGCUUCGGCCCUUCACGCGCGUGGUUGGGAGACUUUAUUUCUGGGACCGACGGCGCAUCGCCAAGGCAUCGAAGCAGCCGGUGCCGUGUUUUUGCCUUUGAGGGGCGACGCCGACCUCGAUGACAAGGUGUACUAUGAGAACCCACCUCAGCCCGGAUAUGCGUCGCUCCACUGGGCGGAGCGCGUGCUGAUCGACUUGCGCAGGCAGUGUCUUGAUCCCUUGCCGACGCAAUGGGCUUGCUUUGUAGACGCCCUCCGAUUUCUUCAGACUUGUGACCCAGAGCGGAAGAUCAUUUUGUUAGCUGAAGCAUUCUUCUAUGGCGCUCUGCCAUUGUUCUAUGGUGCAUCACUUCCUGAUGGCCUGAAACUGGAAGAAAUUCUACUUGGAUCCUUGUGCGUUUCGGUGACGGUACCAGCAAUUCGGAGCAUCGAUUUACCGCCUGCUGGGUAUCCUUUCCCUUUCGACUCGUCGCCGGAUGGCCGCAAGAGAAACGCAAAACUGUGGGAAAAGAGUUGGAAGCGUAAAUCUAGCGACCUGGCCGCGUUGCUAGACACCAAGCUGCGUGAGGCGGGUGCUCGUCGUACCGUCAACGAAAUAUUUCUUUCGGGUGCAAACUAUUUAUGCCACGAUACUAUCCUACAGCUCGGCGUUCCUGGGUUCGAAUAUCCGCGCAGCGACUGGCCUCGAGGGUUCAAGUUCGCAGGGCUAGUGCAAGGUCCACCACCAAACACCAAGACCCUUCCUAGUAAUAGUAAAGCCCCCAACUUCCCCUGGUGGUCCGAACUUACAUCCAACACCGCCCUGUCUACCCUUCCCAUCUCAGACCCGAGCCGCGCCGAGAAAAAGAAGGUCAUCGUCGUCGCCCAAGGCACCGUAGAAAUCAACCCACGCGAUCUAAUCGUCCCCACGCUACAGGCUUUUUCCAACCGGUCGGACGUGUUAGUUGUUGCUAUACUCGGGUGGAAGAACGCUAGCCUAUUGAGCUACGGCAUCGAUAUUGAGAUUCCGCCUAACGCUCGUAUAGCUGACUACGUUUCAUAUGACGCGGUGUUGGCGCAUGCUGACGUCUGGGUGCAUAAUGCGGGAUUCGGCGCAGUGAACCACGGUAUUGCGAACGGCGUGCCUAUGGUAGUUGCGGGCGAGGGGAUGGAUAAAACCGAAAACUCGCGGCGAGUGGCUUGGUCCGGAAUCGGGGUUGACCUCGGCUGCGCGAAACCGUCCGCUCAACUGGUGAGAGAAGGCGUUGAACGCGUACUGGAAAAUGAAAGCUUCCUAAAACGCGUGCAGGAGCUACAAAAGCAGAGCCGGGAGAUAGACUGCUUUGAUAUGGUUCACAGCGAACUAGUCAGGAUAAUGAAAACUUGCCCUGGCAUAAAACAAUAGGGUCUGGUUUCUUAAUGUGAAGGGCUCGCAAUUACUACCUGCUGCCAAGCGUUGGCAUCCGCAUGUAGAAUGGUAUCAGAUCAAUCAAAUUACGUACAUCCCGUACCAUGUCAUAGAUAAUCAAGUUCCUAGUAACCCGCUAUGUAGAGAAUUCAGUCUAUGAAAAGACAACCAUCUCAUGCCCCUUUCCAGUAACUC